AUGCCUCCACGAAGAGCUAUCCGAGAUCGUCCUGCUAGGAGAAAUGUCGAGGAACAAGGGGAAGUGGCUGAUACUUCAAGGAUCCGUGAGUUUUUAAGGAUGAACCCACCAAGCUUCACAGGUUCAAGUGUCACAGAGGAUCUAGAGAACUUUGUUGAAGAGCUUCAGAAAAUUUUUGAGAUUAUGCAUAUUGUAGAUGCUGAGAGGUCAAACAAGGAAGGCAAGACAACGAUGUUGAUAGGGGAUAUGGAUAUAGCAAGGCUAAUGAUCCAUGUGCAACAAGUUAAGGAGGAUAAGCUGAAAGAUAGAGAAGAGUUUAAGAAUAAGAGGGCUAAGAAAUCAGGGAACGAAGAUAAAAGGGGCCUGCCCCCAUCAUCUGCUAGUGCACCUGCACCUACGAACAAAAUUGAGUACAAUAGUCAGAAUUCCCAGAGUUUCAGAGCUAAACCUGCAUAUUCUCAAGGCAGUAUGGCACAAAGGGGUAGUAAGCCUCCUGCAUAUGCCAAGUGUGGCAGAAAUCACUCAGGCAUUUGUCGUGAGGACUUUACUUGUUGUUUUAAGUGUGGUCAGAACGGUCAUUUUAUUAGGGAGUGUCCUGAGAACAUACAAGGUAUUGGUAAUAGGGGAAAUAGAGCCCAACUUUCUUCAGUUGCUCCACCAGACAAAACUGCAUAUCGAGGAGCUACUUCAGCUACUGGUGGGGAGACAAACCGCUUAUAUGCUAUCAAUAGUCGUUAA